CUACUAGACUUGAAAGAAAGAAAGAAAGAAGGAAGUCUCCAUUUUCUCUGUUCCUCACUCACUGUCUCUUCUUCUGCGUGUCUCUUUUUCACUCUACACCCUUUAAAACUCUGUAUUCAUGUAUACCCCCCUCUGCACUUCCCCCCCUUCAACCUUACUACCUCUCUCUUCACACCCUCCACUAUCAACCAACAACCCUAACCCUAACCCUAACCCUAACCCUUAUCCUCAUCCACCUUCUCCUUUAAAUCCCCCUCCUUUUACCUUCCCUUUUCUUCUUCUCCAUCUAAAUUCUCCUUCUAGAGGAUGAUGAUGAUGAUGAUGAUGAUGGAGAUGUGAUGGAGCAUACGAGGAUGGGGAUGGAGGAUGGGUCUGGAAUCCCUGAGGACCUUCGGUGCAAGCGCUCUGAUGGUAAGCAAUGGCGCUGCAACGCGUUGUCGAUGCCGGACAAGACGGUGUGUGAGAAGCACUAUAUUCAGGCGAAGAAGCGUGCUGCUAAUUCCGCCAUGCGGGCUAACCUCAAGAAAGCUAGAAGGAAGUCGAUUGCUGAUCCUGAGCCGCCGGAGAUUCCUCGUUCUGUGUCUCCCUUGGGGGAUUCUCAGUUCCCUGCAUCUGUUUCCUUGAAGACGAUGAUGUCUGGGAGAAGAUUUCAGGAUGAGGAGAAUUCGGUUCUCAAGUAUGGUUUCACUCCUAAUCGGUCUCCGUUGAGCAAGGAGGUGAAAGGACUUCUUGAAAGUGCUCGGGGGGAGUAUUCUGGAAAGAGUUCUGAUUCAUCCGGCCAGGCCGAAGGUCUAGCCUGCCAUCAAUGCCAGAGGAGUGAUCGGACAAAUAUUGUGUGGUGUAGUGGUUGUUCUAGGAGGGGAUACUGCGAGAAUUGCAUAUCAAAAUGGUAUGCUGAUAUUCCAAGGGAGGAAUUCCGAAGUAACUGUCCUGUUUGUCGUAAUGCUUGUAGCUGUAGAAUUUGCUCUCGUGGUGAUAAUUUAAUAAAGAAUAAAAUCCAGGAAUUGGCUUCUCUGGAUAAGUUGAGAUAUCUUCACAGACUUUUAUCUUUUCUACUUCCUGUCCUUAAGCAAAUUCAUUCUGAACAGUGCUUUGAGCUGGAAUUGGAGGCCAGAGUGAAUGGUGUCAAAGCAGAUAUACCCAGAGCUAAGAUAUCUGCAGAUGAGCAGAUGUGCUGUGAUGUCUGCAGAAUACCUAUUUUUGAUUAUCAUCGUCACUGCACAACUUGUAAUUAUGAUUUGUGCCUUGCUUGUUGCCGGGACCUUAGAGAAUCAUCAGCAGUAACCAGUAAAAGUAAAUCAACUGAGCGUCAUGUGGCUGAUGAAAGUAAUGUUGUUGCCAGUAUUGCAGUGGAUCCUGGAUCACCUGAACGGACUAUUAAUCAUAAAAGGGUGUUACCCACAUCUGAUGGGAAAACAAUUGAAUUUUUAGAAUUAUUUCCCAAAUGGAAGGCAGAUGCUGAUGGUAGUAUUCCUUGUGGACCUGUUGACGCUGGUGGCUGUGGCUCUUCAAAACUGGUCUUGAGGCGCAUUCUCAAAAUAAAUUGGGUGGCAAAGCUGUUAAAAAAUACUGAAGAAAUGGUUUGUGGAUGUAAAAUUUCCGAUCAAGAAGGUUGUGGUGAUUGUCCUUGCACAAGAAGUGCUACCCCACAAACAAGUGUUACCAGGGAGUGGAAACUCUUUCUGUGCUCUCAAGGAAAUGGCACCAGUAAUAAAUUACUGUAUAGCCCGUCAGCAGACGAUUUAAAGCAUGAUGGAAUUGAUCAUUUCCAACAGCAUUGGGUCAAGGGUGAACCAGUCAUCAUUAAACAUGCCUUUGACCCUUCAUUUGCAUCCAAGUGGGAUCCUGUUAGUAUCUGGAAAGGAAUUCAAGAGAUGGAAGAUGGCAGAAUGAAAGAAGACGAUAUAUUGGUCCAGGCUGUAGAUUUCUUAAAACAGUCAGAGUUCAUUGGAGUUGAACUCUUACAGGCAGAUGUUGAACUCAGCCAGUUUGUUAAGGGGUACAGGGAGGGAUGUAAACGAGAAGAUGGAUCACUGGUUAUGUUGAAACUGAAAGAUUGGCCCUCUCCAAGUGUCUUGGAAGAGUUCAUAUUGUGCCAGAGACCUGAGUUUUUCACCAGUUUGCCUUUACUUGAGUUCAUUCAUUUUAAGUGGGGUCUUCUAAACCUUGCUGCCAAACUUCCCCCGUGUAGUGUGCAGACUGAACAUGGGCCUAAAAUGUUCAUUGGUUAUGGGAUGCAUGAAGAACUUGGCAGAGGUGAUGUUGUGACCAAUCUUCAAGUUAAUAUGAGUGAUUUGGUUUACUUGUUGAUGCACUCAGCUGAAAUGGAUAUUCAAGGGUGGGAGAGGUCCGGUAAUGACAUGAAUGGAAAAGCUUUGAAGGAAUCUGAAGUGCUCGGCAGUGUCCACUUAGGUGAUUCCAGCAUGAGGUCAAGUGAGGAAAUUUCCUCACCUGAUGUAGCUGGAGCCAUUUGGGAUGUUUUCAGUAGGAAGGAUGUUCCAAAGCUGAAUGAAUAUUUGAGGGUUCAUAGGAAAGAGCUGACAGUUUUUGCCACUCAGCCAGUUGUUUCGGUCCUAUGCCCUGUUUAUGAUCAAACAUUUUUCCUAAAUAAAGAUCACAAAAGAAAAUUGAAAGAGGAGUUUGGGAUAGAGCCAUGGACAUUCAAACAGCAUGUUGGUGAGGCUAUAUGCAUCCCUGCUGGAUGUUCAUUUCAAGUACGAAAUCUUCAGUCUUCAGUUAUGUUGGCCCUUGGCUUCCUUUCACCUGAGAGCCUAGGGGAGUCUAUUAGGUUGGCUCAGGAGAUCCGCUGUCUUCCUAAUAAUCAUGAUGCAAAAUUAAAGAUGCUGGAGGUGGGAAAGAUCUCUUUGUAUGCUGCCAGUUCAGUCAUCACAGACAUUCAGAAAAUAACGCUUGAUCCUGAGUUUGGCCGGGACAUUAAAUUCGAGGACCAGAACCUGACUUCUAUGGUUUCUGAGAAUUUGGAGAGGAUGACAAAACAUCGACAAAUAGUUUGUUCUUGAACUGCAUCGCCGGUAUACACCUUCCACUCGUGACUGCGAAGAUAAAAAAAGAAAAAAAUAAAAAAAAAUAAAAAAAAGGGGAAAAGUCACUCAUUAUAGUUAGAGAUGUAUAGAACCUCUCAAUGUCAUGUAGUUCCAUACACUAUUUGUAUAUAAUUAUUUUUUAAUGAUUAAAGGAUUAAGCUUUGUGCAAACAUGCCAUAACAUGUCAUAGUGAACAGCCAAAACUCAAUACCUAUGUUUGAGACUCAGCAUGUAUUAUGCUAAACAUGUGUGUACAAGACUCAUUUGAAAGGUUUGUUUACAGACUGUAUAUUUUUUACUCUAA